AUGGCCGCCACACGUGUGUGCUACCCGAAAACAAAUACGGAAUAAAAUCCAAAAGAACCCAAAACCAGUCUAAAACAAUCUUUUCAACCAAAAAUUAAAAAUCAGAAAGCUAAAGCCAAGUGUUAGAACACAAUAAGCAUUCCAAAUGUUGUCCUGUUUGGCGCCGUCGUCUUCACGUUUCGGCCAAGAGGAUACCAUCAUUCAGCAGAGCAUGCCAUCCACAGCCUUCACCAUGCAGUUUCCCGCGCUGGCCUCCAGUCUGCACCACCACAGCCACAACCAAUCGCCGCACCACAGCAAGCCCGGACCCCAGGAUGGCCAGCACGUGCAACCAGGUGCCGCAGCCGACGAUUUUCUGGUCAACUGCACCCAGUGCCACAAGCGAUUCACAGACUUCCACUCUCUGAGUGAACAUAUUGCCAGCGAGCAUCCCCACGACAAGCUGAACUUGGGAGCCGCGCAACCGGAAAGCGAACCGGAAGAUGAGCAGAGCAACUUGAGCAGCGGAAGUCGGCGGUAUCUGAAAUCGCCAACCACUAGUAUUGGUAACACGAAUGCCAACUCCAGCAACAACAACAACAACAGUGAUCUGGCCAAGAACCACAACAAUACCAACAAACGGUCGCCCAUGUGCUCCCCCAUUUCCAGCGUGGGAAUGGGCGGUGUGGGAGCAGGUCCCCCCAGCGAUCUGUUCGCCCACCUCUCGCAUGCCACGCCCCAGCUGCCCGCCCUGCAAGCCCAGUUCAUGGCCGCCGCCGCUCUGGCCAUGCAAUCCGCCCGCUCCGCCAGCUCCAGUUCGCCGAGCCACCAGCAGCAGUCGCAGCAAUCGUCGCAACUGCAAUACCACCAACAGCAGCAGCAGCACCAGCCGCCCCUGAUGCCGCCCCAGCUCCCAGGUAGCAACAGCAGCGUGGGCAGCAACUCCGCCUACGAUCUGGAUCUGAGUGCACCACGAUCCACCUCCAGUCCCGGCUCCACCACCGGGGACCUCAGCGGGGCCUACCCCUGCAUGCAGUGCACCGCCGCCUUUGCCUCCAGGGAGCAGCUGGAGCAGCACCAACUCCUCCACUCGCCUUGCGGCCAGCCAGCCCCCCAGAAUGUGUCACAGACCUGCCGUAUCUGCCACAAGGCCUUUGCCAACGUCUACCGACUCCAGAGGCACAUGAUCAGUCAUGACGAGAGCGCCCUUCUGCGGAAAUUCAAGUGCAAGGAGUGCGACAAGGCCUUCAAGUUCAAGCAUCACCUCAAGGAGCAUGUGCGGAUCCACUCCGGCGAGAAGCCCUUCGGCUGUGACAACUGCGGCAAGCGGUUCUCCCACUCGGGAAGCUUCUCCUCCCACAUGACCUCCAAGAAGUGCAUCAGCAUGGGCCUCAAGCUGAACAACAACCGGGCUCUGCUAAAGAGAUUGGAAAAGGGUCCGGGAUCGGGCUCGUCGUCACGCCUCUCGCCCUCGGACCAGGCCAAAGGCAAGCUCCAGGAGCAACCGCCCCUGCCGGGUCUGCCGAACCCCAUGAUUUACUUUGCCAGCGAUGCUCAGAACCAGGCGGCCAACAAUGGACCCGCGUCCUUCCCGAACUUCCACCACACAAACUACAUGAAUGCUGCCCUACUGGCCUUUCCGAAUCCCUUCAUGGCCGCCCUGGAUCCUCGAAUGCAUCCCUACAGCAUUCAGCGAUUGCUUCAAUUGACGGCUGCAGGCCAGCAACAAAGGGAGGAGGAACAGCGGGAGCAGGAGAUCCAAGAGGAGGAGACACCCGAGGAACCCAAGCUGGUGAUGGAUAUCGAUGAGCCGGAGGUUAAGGAACGGGCUGCCACUCCUCAAGAGCAUGAGGAGGUCGCUCCCAUUAAGCGGGAGACCAGCCGCGAAGCAUCUCCUGCUCCGGAAAGCAAUCCCCCAUCGCCGCAGGUCAUCAAACAGGAACCGGAGGUACAACCGCUAGAACCAGAGCCCCAAGUCAUGGAGGAAGAACCCAUUCCAGCUCCAGAACAGCCUGCCGAUUUGCGCUGCAGUCGCUGCUCCAAGCAAUUCAACCAUCCCACGGAACUGGUGCAGCACGAGAAGGUUCUUUGUGGCCUCAUCAAGGAGGAGAUGGAGCAACAUUUCCAGCAACAACAACAGCAGCAGCAGCAGAGCCUACAAGCCCCAGCCUUCGUCCUGCCGUCCGCCAGCGAGGAAGAUGAGGAAGAAGAGGAGGAGGAGCCCAGGAACCAGGAGACUGGCGAGCGAAAGGUCCGCGUGCGCACGGCCAUAAACGAGGAGCAGCAGCAGCAACUGAAGCAGCACUACUCCCUGAACUCCCGACCCAGCAGGGAUGAGUUCCGCCUGAUAGCGGCCAGGUUGCAGCUGGAUCCCCGAGUGGUGCAGGUGUGGUUCCAAAACAAUCGCUCCCGAGAGCGCAAGAUGCAGAGUUUCCAGAGCAACCAAAGCGCCACAGUCCCUCCCACAACCGAGUCCCAGUCCAGUGCAUCUCGUGAAGACCAACCUCUGGACCUGUCUGUUAAGCGCGAUCCUCUGACCCCCAAGAGUGAGAGCUCCCCUACUUAUAUGCCUCCGCAAACGGCCGAAGCUCUCAACCCGGAAGCCAUCAACCUGAGCCGGAAGUUCUCCAGCUCAGCUUCGAUGUCACCGGCUUCGAUUUCACCCUCAUCCGCGGCAGCUUUGUAUUUUGGAGCCGCACCGCCGCCGUCGCCGCCCAACAGCCAACUGGAGGCCAAUACUCCUCGCAAUAACCAGGCCUUUCCGGGACUUCCUGCCUACAUGCUUCCCAUGCAGCGGCUGCCCAUGGAGGCGCUUUUCCAGAUGCGACCAGGUGGCGAGUAUGCACCGAACCAUCCCCUGAUGAACAGUAUUAAGCUGCCCGACUACCGAGGCACCAGCCUCAGUCCGGGAGGAUCGGAGAAGCGCUCGUGGCGGGACGAUGACUCGCGCAUUUCGCACGAGGACGACUUCUCUGGUGGACUGCUGCCCCCCAAGCAGAGGAGGGGCAAGGCGGAGACCCAUGGACACGCCGGCGAUCCGGACUUGCCAUAUGUCUGCGACCAGUGCGAGAAGGCUUUCGCCAAGCAGAGUUCCCUAGCGAGGCACAAAUACGAGCAUUCCGGUCAACGACCCUACCAGUGCAUGGACUGCCCCAAGGCCUUCAAGCACAAGCACCACCUGACGGAGCACAAGCGCCUCCACAGUGGGGAGAAGCCCUUCCAAUGCUCCAAGUGCCUGAAACGGUUCUCGCACUCGGGCAGCUACAGCCAGCACAUGAACCACCGCUACUCCUACUGCAAGCCCUACAGGGAAUAGGUAAGCGACACCUCAGUGCCGCCCACCUGCCCACCAGGAGCAGUUCCUCAGCCGCCUGGAGGAGGAGCACCACCCCAGCCGACGCCAACCAACCGCGGUCGCCGCCGAGUGCAGGCCGGGAACAACGCCUAUCCGCCGCAUUCGCAUCCACACCACCCACAUUCGCAUCCUCUGGCUGCCAUGGCUGCCUUCCAGCACCAGCAGCAGCAACAACAGCAGCAUCGUGUACCCUGGCCAGGAGCCGGGGUGAUGCUGCCGCCUCCGCCAAACCAACAGCAACAUCGUCCGCCGGCGCCGCACCCACCGCCUUUGCUGUCGGGAGCGGGCUUUCCGCAGACACCAGCGCAGUUUUUCCACCACCAUGCUGGCCUGCUGCCCCCGCCACCGCCGCCCUCAGCACAGGCCCCACCCUCGUCCACGCCCGCCUUUGACUUCUUCAACGCCAAAAUGUUUCCUCCCAACUAAGCUAACAGAGGGGGCAUGUACAGGCUAGCCAUAAAAUGUUAAGUUU